CUUGGCCGCAUAGGUCACCGCUAGGUGUCGUCUCUCAAUGAAUCCUUAACAUCUUUGGCUUUUAUCACGUAGCGACUUUCGUUUACGUGGAAGGAUUAACACAUUUUUCGUGGUUUAACCACUACAUUGAAUUAAUUUCAACAUAUCCAAGGACUGCCCCUGUUAGGCAGUGUUACUCUUCGUGAUGGGGCGUAAACAUCUGUCCUGGGAACCAUUCGUGUUUGGUGGAAUGGCCUCAGUUGUCGCUGAAACUGGAACCUUUCCGAUUGACACAACAAAGACGAGGCUUCAGAUACAGGGGCAGAAAAUAGAUGCCCGACUGACGCAACUCAAAUACAAUGGCAUGAUACAUGCCUUGUUGCGAAUAUUUCGCGAGGAAGGACUGCCGGCUUUAUACUCAGGUAUUGCACCGGCACUUUUACGGCAGGCCAGUUAUGGGACCGUGAAGAUUGGAGUCUACCAAUACAUGAAACGUGUAUUCGCUGAUAAUGAAAAAGAGGAGUCACUACCGGUUAACGUGUUCUGCGGCAUGGUUGCGGGCAUCAUUUCCAGCUCCAUCGCAAAUCCAACAGACGUUCUCAAGGUGCGUAUGCAGGCCCGAUGUUCCCUCAAGGGAGAUGAGAAGAUGUUGAGAGCCUUCAAGGACAUCUUCCGAGAGGAGGGAGUCAAAGGACUGUGGAGGGGUGUAGGACCUACCGCUCAGCGUGCUGCUAUUGUAGCUGGUGUAGAACUGCCAACCUACGACGUCAUCAAGAAGUACCUCCUCCACAGUGGCAUCAUGGGAGACAACACACAGAACCACUUUGUCUCCAGUUUUAUAGCAGGGCUAGCUGGGGCAGUAGCUUCCACACCUGUGGAUGUCAUCAAGACUCGUAUGAUGAACCAACGCAAUCUCAAGUCCUCUGUGGUGUUGGCCAAUGGUGUAGCUGUGUCCGCCAUAUAUACCUCAUCCUUCGACUGUCUCAUGACGACCGUGCGCACUGAGGGAGUCCUGGCGCUGUACAAGGGUUUUAUACCCAACUGGCUACGUUUAGGUCCAUGGAACAUUAUUUUCUUCAUGACAUAUGAACAGCUCAAGAAACUGACAUAAAUUUCUCACCAAAGUCAGCUUAUCUAACAUUUCCAGUGGCUCUCUCAAUUAGUCUUUUGCAGGGUAAUCCUUGACAUCAAGUUCUUAAGUCUUUGCGCAGGCUAUUCCUUGACAUCAAGUUCUUAAGUCCUUGCACAGGGUAAUCCUUGACAUCAAAUUCUUUAGUCUUUGCACAGGCUAAUCCUUCACAUCUAGUUCUUGACUCAUGGUAUCAUAUUCUAUUUAGAGAAUUAAGAAAUAUGAUGAAAUAUUUGAAUAUUCAAUCAUAAGUCAAAUAAAUACAACAGUAAAAUUAAAGAGACAACUAAUUAGGACAAGGAAUUUUUGAGAAUGAAAUGUCAAGGUAUUCAACAAGCAAGAUUUCCCGACAUCUUCCAUGUUUUUCGGCUUUUCUUAUCUGCCUAGAUCAGACAGACUGUUGUUAUGGAAACAAGAAACGAAGAUAUAAAGUUUUGCUUGUAUCGAGUUAAAAAGGGAAUGCGGUUACACAUCAGUAGAAAGUGUAGCCUUGAAGAUAGGUUACACAGGAGGUGACGGUGAUAGAAGUGUGUGAGAGACGAGAUCCAAGAAAUUAGAUACUAUGGAUAAGGCAUCUGUGAUGAAGAAAAAUUGUGAUGGAAUUUUAAAGUUACCAGUACCAGUAUGCUUGUAAACCUCAGACAAACUAUGGACCUAUCAAUAGAUGUAGUUUUUAUUUCUCUUUUCGCUGUGUUUUGUGUCUUACAUAUCAAAUUUGUUUAAACCUAAACUCAAUAACAUCCAUUUUGAAUAUUAUUUAAUACAUGUUCAUUGACAUUUAGCCAUAGUUCUAAUAAGAACAUUUGUUUAUUUUACUAAAAUUUAUAGAUAUAUAUAUGGAAGUCAUUCUCACUUUUUUAUUUGGAAAAUGCGUGAUAUGCACAGAAUUUACCGGUACAAUAACAUACAUGGCUUCUUUUACAAAAAACCCACAGGAAUUCUGAUCUAUAACCAUAAACCAACAAUGAACAUUAACAU